UCGGAGUGAGGAAAAAAAACUAUAAAUUGAGCGAGAUGUCCGGACCGAUAGUCAGUGGCGCGCAGACCACACACGGCGACGGUGAUGCUCGUACAGACGCGUCGCAGCUGAUUUGCGCGGUCUGCGAGAAAACCGACAAGCUGCAAAGGUGCUCGCGCUGCAAGGCCGUCUUCUAUUGCACCAGGGAGCACCAGAGACGCGACUGGAAACGUCACAGGGAGUUCUGCGCGACUCACCCCGCGCGCGAUAUAACCGAGGACGAGCCGUUACCAGGAGCGGCCAAGACUAGGAAUCGCGAGAUCCCGUCCAAGCAGCGUCAUCCCGUCGGCAAAUCCCGCGUCAUAACGCCCAACACUCUGGUUUCUAACCUAAGCAACGUCCCCGUCUCGGAUGCGUCCAACGUUACCUUGGAGUCGUUGCCGUUGCCGUUGUCGUAUCGGAACGUGAAGCAUUUCGCAGAUUCUAUGACACAAGGAGAGAACGGAUCGAGUCGUCAACAAGAACGGAAGGAGAAUCAGAAUCUUAAGAAGAAAUCAAACGGUGGGAAGAAGAGAAACGCGCGUAAUAACAAAGCCGAUGGUUGGACGUCGCCUAUAACGUACGAAGGAAGUUCGGAGGACGCUAUACUGGGAGCACGAGCCGAGCUCCUCAAUCCCGCUUUAGAGAGCUCGAGAAUUUUUGACAGUUUAAGCAACACGGAUCUCGGCCUGUCUACCCAGCAUCGUAACGGCAUGAAGAACUUUCCGGAAGUGCGGCUGGGUCAGGAGGAAGAACUUUUGCCCCCUUUUCUACAUAGGAAUAGAAAUAAUCUUGAAGAAUUUAUAGACAAAAUUUGCCAAUAUGUGAUAAGAGACAUGGACAAAUACGGUGUAUGCGUGGUGGACAAGUUUUUAGGCAAGGAGAAAGGUCUCGCAGUGCUAAACGAGGUUUUAUAUAUGUACAGUGCUGGAUUAUUUAAGGACGGACAGUUGGUUUCUAAUAAAGGUAGCGCAAAUGACUUAAAGACAAUACGUGGUGAUCAGAUAAUAUGGUUGGACGGGAAGGAACAUCAGUGUGAGAAUAUUGGCACGCUGAUAUCGCGGGUCGAUGCAAUCAUCAUGAGAGCCAAUAAAAUGCACAAUAACGGAAAGAUAGGAAGCUAUACGAUCAACGGGAGAACAAAAGCAAUGGUAGCUUGUUAUCCUGGUCACGGUUCGCAUUACGUGAAACAUGUGGAUAAUCCUAACCGAGAUGGCCGUUGCAUCACGGCCAUUUAUUAUCUUAAUCGGGAUUGGGAUAUCAAGGAGAAUGGCGGACUUUUGAGGAUAUUCCCAGAAGGGUGGCGCGAUCAAGUAGCGGAUAUCGAACCUCUUUUCGAUAGGAUAUUAUUUUUCUGGUCUGACAGGCGGAAUCCGCACGAAGUGCAACCAGCGUACAAAACGAGAUACGCUAUCACACUUUGGUAUUUCGAUGCCGAAGAAAGGAAUCAGGCUUGCCGGAGAUAUCAAAGAGAAAGAGAACUACAUACGAAGAAUGAUAGUUCGUGAGACAUAGAGUGCGAACAACUUAUUACGCCGUCUGAUCGGACUAAAAAAUUAGUAUUUAAAAUUAAUAUUUUAAAUAUUAUGUAUUAUUAAUGUAUUAUAAUAAUUUUUGCAGGAGGAAUUGAAUAGCAUACGAAAAAAAUUAUAUCGGACAAUGCGUGUUUACGAGGAAGUGCAAUAGAAGUAUAAGAGCGUAAUUCUUCUUUCUUUCUUUUUUUUUUUUUUUUACAAAUAGCACUGUAAUAUAUGUGAUGAAUUAAUGUGUGUAGUUGUUACAAUUUACACUUAUAUAUGUAUAAUCGUUUAUUUCGAUUUCAAAGAUUCUAUGUUCGCACUUUGCAAUCAAUAUUCAAAAUGUCUAAUCUGCUUCAUAUAUUUUGAGAAGAAAACUCAUAUACUUGUAUCAGUCAUGCAUUUCUGUUAUGUAAAAUAUAUUAACAAUCCUUAAAGCAUGCUGCAUGUGGAAUAUUUUAAGCAAAAAAUAUGUAAAAUAUAAUGUACAAAAUUUCUUCCAGAGAUCCACUAUUGCAAAUAUUAUACAUCUAUUUUACAUCCUG